AUGGGAAACUUCACUGGGUCGACUGUGGAUGAACUAGAAGCUUGCCAGAGUCAUCAGUGGUACAGAAAAUUCAUGACCGAGUGCCCAUCUGGACUUGUCACCUAUUACGAGUUCAAGCAGUUAUUUGGCCUGAGGAAUCUGUCGGAUACGUCAAAUGCCUACGUUGAGACAAUGUUUAAAACAUUCGAUUUGAAUGAUGAUGGAUACAUGGAUUUCAUGGAGUAUGUAGCCGCUCUGAGCCUGGUUCUGAAAGGAGGGGUGCAGCAGAAGCUCCGCUGGUACUUUAAACUGUAUGAUAUCGACCGGAGUGGCUGCAUCGACCGUGAGGAGCUGCUUCUGAUAAUUAAGUCCAUCCAUGCAAUCAGUGGAAUUCCUGGUGAGAUGUCAGCAGAGGACUUUGCCAACAUGGUGUUUGACAAGAUUGACACCAAUGGAGAUGGUGAACUGUCCUAUGAGGAGUUCGUGGAGGGGGUUCAGAAUGACGAAAUGCUGCAGAAGACACUAACAGAGCGCUUGGACCUCACACACAUUGUAAAAAAAAUACAAGGAGAAAUGAGGACCAAAAUGUAA